AUGGAACAUAUUACGGUCAAGGGACCGGAGUCGAGGUCGAAGUAUGAGACGGAUUCUUCUUGUGUGUCAGUUUUAUACUGGGAGAUCCCAUGGGUCGAUCCGAACGAUGUGAGGUUGGUUCUUCAAGGAAUGAUCGCCGCAUUGAGGCGGAAGUAUUAUGUCGUUAGACACAAGCCCGAACAGGGCACCUUUGGUUUCACACAGACGGGAGGCCCUGCUCUAUCCACCCAUGUCGGGACCUCACACUUCCAAGGAUGUAACUGCUCAAAUCGCCAGGCAAGUCAAAUGGAGCCAUCCAAAGACGACGAUGGCACAUCCGUCAGUGCCCUGGCCCUCUGCAAGGUCGGGCUGGGCCCUCGGCCGGGAACCAAGGCAGACAACUUUUGCACGCCGCAUAACGAAGCCUUCUACUCAAAGUACGAAUACUGUCCUCUGGACAGGAAGAGACCUAGUAUACGUCUCCUCAAGGUUUUUCCCGAGGAAAAGACCCUCGCUCAGCAUAUGGUCGACUACCCUACCUGGAAAGCCAGCGGCCACGACCCAGCGCCUGUUGGCUUCUCAUCAGGCAAUGCCUUUUCAUCGGGCAAUGCCUUUUCAUCCCAAGAUGUCUCAAUCGGAGAGAAACUCCUUGCCUGCGACAUGCUUGACGGAGUGCCGCUCUCCAUGUGCACAGGGCAGUACCUGACUCUCUCGUACGCAGCAGGCGAUCCCAGAAACACGGCGAGGAUCCUAGUCGGGGGAUACAUCUUCAAUGCCUUCGCGCAGCUCAUCCACGCCCUCAAGUGUGCUGUUCGCUACUGGCAUAGGGAGAAUGGUUGUCGAGACGGAUACUUCUUGUUCUGGGUUGACCAAAUCUGCAUCAAUCAGCCGGAUGCUGCCGAGAGAGGCCAUCAGGUCAUGAUGAUGCGCGACAUUUAUUCCCGCUGCGCGACGACUCUUGUCUGCCUUUCGAUCGCCGAUGAAAAAAAAGCGGCUACGACGUACGUGGGUUUCGAUCCGCAAUCACGAGGGUUCGGGCAACCAUGCGGCCCAACACAGGCCAAAACAAAGAACACUGGGUUAGGGUGGCUCACGGAGGUGCCACAUCAAGGUUCUACAAGACUUGUCGACGUGUUCUGGAAGGAUUGUUACAAUGGAGGGCCUAGGACCGAGACUCUGGCAUCCUUCGUAGCCUUUCUGCGAUCCCCCUGGUGGACACGGUCGUGGGUAUACCAGGAGUUUGUCUGUUCGCCCAAAGUCCACUUUGUGUCUGGAGACGAUGGCGCGCCUUGGGAGAAGAUAUCGGCAUGUCUGACCCCAGACCCUGGGUCUUGGUGCAAUGUGUGGAAAAGUCGCCUCACAAGCAAGGAUCACCAGGAUAUCGUGCGCGCCAAGGAUGAACAAUUUGAUCAGCAACGCACGCAGCAGAGUGCCCAGGGAGGCGAGGAAGAGCCAGGGCGUGGUACGAUCAUUCUAAGUUUCGAAGAAGAGGUGGAAAAGAAAGUUGACUCUCUUAUAAAGAAACUCACCGCCCCGGAUGUGGAAAAAUCGAUACGCACCGUGGCGGCCAUGAUGAAUGGCCGGUCCAAGCAUGACAGUCAAGUAGGAGACUUGCGCGUUCUCCUCCGCCACGCGCGGAACUUUCAGGCCUCGGAUACAAGAGACAAGAUCUACGCAUUCGUUGGGCUUGCGCGGGACGACUACGGCUUCAAGCCCAGCUAUUCGCACGAGAACACGGCUGUAGACGUCCACUCGGACGCGGCACGAAGGAUCGUCGAGAUUGACCGAGAUCUAAACUACGUUCUGGAGCAAGCAUUUGUCGGCAGACGUGACCUGGGCUACUUUCUUCCGUCGUGGGUCCCAGACUGGAACUGCAGCGAGGACAGGGACAUAUUGUUGGAGCUCCAAAACCACACCGACGGCGCCAGCGAAUCGCCCAGGGCCUCUGACACUGCUAGCAGCUUAGCCAUUGAGAAACAGGUUCUCCAUCUCCAAGAGAUCGAGAACAAAGGUCUUCGUUUACGAGUAACGGGCAGACGUGUUGUGACACUCGCCCGAGGAUCCCGCGAGAUUUCUCCAAACUUGCAACAGUUCGAAACUGACUCGGGGCUGGUGGUUUACGCUCCCAGCACAGUGCGGCCGAAAGAUGAGAUAUGGUCGCUUUCUGGAUGCGAGUGGCUGGUGUUCUUGCGGGACGAGGGGAAGAAUAAGUACUGCUUUGGUGGGUUUGUUGUUGUCCAUGGGCUCGAGGAGAAGUCAACUUCUAAAGAGGCGGCGAGGGAAGUUUUUCUAAUUUAA